AUGAACCUCGGCGAGCGGUCGACGCAGUCGCUGCCGACGCUGCUGCGGCGCGACAGCCUGCAGGCGGAGAUGGGCCUCUUCGCGUUCAGCGGGUCGCACAGCAGCGGCGGCUUCACGCAGGGCGGCGAGAGCGCGCUCGACUUCCGCGGCUCGAGCGCGCUGCUCGCGGGCCCCCUCGCGCCGCUCGGGUCCGACGCGGCGCCGCCGCUGCGCCACACGUACGCGCUGCUCAAGGGCCCGCCGGGCAUCGGCGCGCGCCCCUUCCUCAAGCGGCUGCCGCACCAGGCGCCGCCGUCGGCGCACGGGAGGAACAAGAAGGACGUGACCAUCUUCGAGUCCGAGGAGUCGCUGCGCCAGGUGCAGCUCGCGGCGACGCGCGUCGAGGAGCGGAAGAUGGAGCAGGCGCGGCGCCGCGACGCGGCGCGGUUCAAGCGCGAGGAGAACACGAAGCUCGAGCGGAAGCGGCUCAUGGCGGCGCUCGAGGAGCGGCGCACGCGCACGGACCGCGCGGAGGCCGCCGCGAAGCGCCAGUUGAGGGCGACGCUCUGGCUCGCGCUGCUCCACGGCGGCUGCUUCGCGCGGGCCUCGGGCCGGGGCCUCGGCGCGGGCCGGAAGCGCAUCGCCGCGCGGCGCUGGCAGCACGCGGCCGUCGCCGUCGUCCAGCGCCUCUACCGCGCGCGCGCCGCGCGGCUCACGUGGCGCCGCUUCGCGUGCUACGCGCGUUUGAUGCGCAAGCAAAGGUUGCGCAUGUGCCUCCACGUGCGCUGCUUCAAGCGCUGGCACGCCAUGAACGUCGUCAACAACUUUUUGCUCAUGUUUGCGCACGACGCGUCGAAGCUCCAGAUGCUCGUCAUGCGCUUCACGACGAAGUCGGAGCAGUUCGCCCACAAGUGCCGCUACAAGGACGACCUGCUCCAGGACAUGCUCGCGCGGCACCGCGAGAAGUACGACGCGGCCUGCGAGCAGCGCAAAGCGGUGACGGUGCUCGCCGCGCUCGUCGACCGCGACGACGUCCGCCGGAAGACGCUCGUCGCCGCGACGGGCGACGCGCGGCCCCACACGGCGCCCGGCGACCUCGGCCACCGCCACCACGCCCAGCUUUUGGGGCCUUCCGAGGACGCGCCGCCGGGCCGCGCGUCGCUCCGCCGCGCGUCGUCGCAGGGCACGACGUUGAAGAAGAAGGACUCCAUGAAGAAGGGCGCCCUCACCAUGGCGCCGCCCAAGGCCGUCGAGUACCUGCCCAAGAUCGCCCACGCCGUGCGCCACCACCUCUUAGCGGCGCUCCUCAUCAAGCGCAAGCGCGCGUGGCUCCGCCGCGGCGACCCCAGCCGGAGGCCCGCGUCGCGCGCGUCGCGCGCGUCGCGGAGCUCCUACGGCGACUUCGACGACGACGGCGCGGACGUGGAGCCCGACGGGGGCCAGGACGACAGCGGCGACGAGGACCUGUCCAUGACGCACGCGGGCAGCUUCACCGCCGGCGACGCGCGGAAGUGGCUCAAGAUCGACGCGCCCGGCGAGAAAAAGGCCGGCGGGUCCCCGGCCAAGGGCGACACGUCGGCGCUCCUCAUGGGCGCCGCGAAGACGCGCUACAGCUUCUUCAACUCCUUCGGCGGCGCCGCGGGCAUGCGCGCGGCCGUGAAGCAGAAGAUGCUCGAGGAGCGCGCGCGCAUGGCGGCCAUCCAGGACGCCAUCUACGGCCCCGUCGAGGAGCGCGGCUACCUGUAA